AUGCUUUGCACAGCAGCGUGGUUGUCCAGCCUGGUUGUCAACGAGGUUUGGAUCCACCGGCAGCUUCUGCCGCUGGCACUGGCACAGAUGAUGCUUGUAGUGGACCAGAAGCUGCUGCCAGCCAACAUGACUGCAGUGGCAAAAGAGUUUGGCUUCAACGAUGCAGAGAAGGAUGAGAAGCUUGGAGGAGUGGUCAGCAUGGUAUUUUUCACCUUCGGUUCUCUGUUCUCCCUGCUGGUUGGCUGCCUUGCAGACAUUAUGAACAGGCGGACUAUCGUUUUCUGGUGCAUGCUGGUGGGGUCCUCGGCCACCUUCGCUAACUCACAGGUCCACAGCUUCUGGGCUUUGCUCUGUUGCCGAGGCGUGGUUGGUGCUGCGAUGGGUGGACUCAUCCCAGGCAUCUUUGCCGUGAUCGGGGACAUGUACUCACCUGAGGUUCGGCCUCACGCUAUAGGCAUUGUUGCCAUCACUGUGAGCCUUGGCUCCUCCGUGGGUCAAGCACUGGCUGGUUAUCUAGGAUCCGAGAUGGGGUGGCGGUCACCAUUCGCUGUGUUGGGUGCCCUUGGCUGGGGCGUUGCGCUGCUGCUAUUCAUCAAUCGGGAGGAGCCUGGUGCACAGCCAAGUCUUUUGAACCCUGAGUGUGGUGCCGAGCAUUCCCAGGCCGCUGUCUCCCGCACCACUCGAGACUGCCGAACUGACACUCUGAACUGGACAGUGUUAUGCCUUUGUACGCAGGGCAUCAUGGGCUGCGUACCCUGGGCAGUCAUUGGUGCUUUCAUGCCAGACUAUUUGGCCACCAACGCCCACAUGGGUGUGCGUGGUGCCACCAGUGUAGUCUUCAGCUUCGGAGUGGGCUGCACUUUAGGCACGAUCACCGGCGGCAAACUGGGCCAGUACCUGUACGAGAAGGACAAGCGCCUGCAGGGAUGGCUUAUGGGCGUCACAGUUUGGGGAGGCAUGCUGCUCAUGUUCUGCGUCUUUGCUUGCAGCGAGAUCCCCCGCUUGGUUUUCCACCUGCUUGCAUUCUUUGGUGGCUUUCUCGCUUCAAUGACAAAUCCGAACGCGAAGGCCAUGCUUCUGAACGUUGUGGAUACCAAAUAUCGUGGUACUAUCUUCGGAGUCUUCAACAUCACGGAUGACGUGGGGAAGGCUCUUGGACCAGCGCUCGUCUCCAGCUUCAGGCGUGUGCUCGGACGCCAGGGUUCUUUCCUGCUGGGCAUCACCUUCUGGCUGCCCAGCGGCCUCUUUUGUGUCCUCACUGCUUUGACUGUCGUGCGCGAUGACAUAUCCAGUCGGGAAGAAGCUGGUCGGGAACGUUGCCUGCGAGACACCAAUGAAGGAUCCUAA